AUGAAGGUUUUCGUUCUUCUCGCUUUCGUCGCUUUGGCUUCAUCAAGAUCUGGUAUGUUUUUUUACAAAUUUAUUUUGUUUAUUAAUUUUCAAUUGUAUUAUAUACUUAUAAUUAGUUUUGUUUUAAAGUUGUCAAGAGAAACGCAUAUGGAGAUGAAGCUGUAACUCCAGCCCCAGCUGCUCCAGCUCCAGUUGCUGCUCCAGUCGAAGAAGCCCCAGUUGCUGUAGCUGAGCCAGUUCCAGUCGCUGCUCCAGCUCCAGUCGCCUGCUCACCAGCCGUUGCUGCCCCAGCCCCAGUUGCUCAAGACUCAGGAUAUAGAAGCAAGAGAAACGCUUACGGAGAUGAGGCUGUAACCCCAGCUCCAGCUGCUCCAGCUCCAGUUGCUGCUCCAGUCGAAGAAGCCCCAGUUGCUGUUGCUACUUCAGCCCCAGUUGCCGCUCCAGUUGAAUGCGCUCCAGUUGCUGCUGCUCCAGCCCCAGCUGCUCAAGCCUCAGGAUACAGAAACAAGAGAAACGCCUACGGAGAUGAGGCUGUAACCCCAGCCCCAGCUGCUCCAGCUCCAGUUGCUGCUCCAGUCGAAGAAGCCCCAGUUGCUGUAGCUGAGCCAGUUCCAGUCGCUGCUCCAGCUCCAGUUGCCUGCUCACCAGCCGUUGCUGCCCCAGCCCCAGUUGCUCAAGACUCAGGAUAUAGAAGCAAGAGAAACGCUUACGGAGAUGAGCAAGUAACUCCAGCCCCAGCCGCACCAGCCCCAGUUGCUGCUCCAGUCGAAGAAGCCCCAGUUGCUGUUGCCACCUCAGCCCCAGUUGCCGCUCCAGUCGAAUGCGCUCCAGUUGCUUCUGCCCCAGCCCCAGCUGCUCAAGCCUCAGGAUACAGAAACAAGAGAAACGCCUACGGAGAUGAGGCUGUCACUCCAGCCCCAGCUGCUCCAGCUCCAGUUGCUGCUCCAGUCGAAGAAGCCCCAGUUGCUGUUGCCACCUCAGCCCCAGUUGCCGCUCCAGUCGAAUGCGCUCCAGUUGCUUCUGCCCCAGCCCCAGCUGCUCAAGCCUCAGGAUACAGAAACAAGAGAAACGCCUACGGAGAUGAAGCUGUAACUCCAGCUCCAGCUGCUCCAGCUCCAGUUGCUGCUCCAGUCGAAGAAGCCCCAGUUGCAGUUGCUGCACCAUCACCAGUCGCUGCUCCAACUCCAGUUGCCUGCUCACCAGCCGUUGCUGCCCCAGCCCCAGUUGCUCAAGAUUCUGGAUACAGAGCAUAG